AUGGCACGACAAACACUCCGCAUUGUCCUCGAAAAUGUCGACUUCCGACUGCCAACACAAGUAACAGAUGACAACAGUGUAGUGGCACUGAAAAGCUUGGUAUUUGAACCGCUACUCCGAUGGCAACCGCAAGGCGCCGUCAAGCCUGCUCUCUUCGACCAUUGGACGCAAUCUGAGGAGGGUCGAACAUGGCACUUUCAUAUCCGCGACAACGCCAUUUUCCACGACGGUAAGCCCUGCACCGCAUCAGAGGUCGUUACAUAUAUCAAUGGCUUCCUCGACUCGCGAGAUUACUUCGGUAUGCGAUGGAGCUACGCGCGGUACUUCAAGCACACCACGUUCACAGCAGUGAACGAUCAGACAGUGAGAGUCGAAAACCCUGACCCAAUCGCCGAUAUCCUGGAUAUCUUCUGCGAGUUCUGGCCGUCGAGAAUCGACACCGCCGGUAAACCUGUGCUUGGAACCGGUCCGUACAGGGUAACGGAGUUCGAACGCGUAGAUGACAUUGGACAUGCGAUACUGGAACUCGUUGAUAAAGCUUCAUCCACGCCCCAGCAAAUCAUUGCUACCCAUGAGCCAAAUGGUGAGAAGCGACUGCAUCUUCUUCAAACCGGUCAGGUCGAUGUCGCACUCAACCUCGAAAGAGCCGACAACCUGGACGUCCUGGACUUCAGCCCAAACCUCCGCUGGGGCCGGAUAACCAGCACAUUAUCUGCGAUGUUUUACCUGAAUUGCACAGCGCGAAUUUUCGAGUCACCCGAUGCCCGCCUUGCUGCCAACCUCGCUGUUGAUCGUGUCGCUCUCGUGAAGGAGGUAUACCAGGGCUUCGCUAUCCCAGCCGCAACGAUUGUAAGUCCGUUUCAUCUCGGAUUCCAAGAGGCAAACCUGCAACCGAUUCCGUAUGACCCCAAACGAGCUAGGUCUCUCUUAAAGAAUCUUGGCACCGGUACGCCCAUUAUCUUCCGUACGCCGGAGUGGAUGCCCGAGCACGCGGUGAAAAUCUCGCGGUUCGUCGCGGCUUCGCUGGAAGCAGUUGGGUUUACGGUUUCAAUUGAAAUUGAGACGAAUAGACCGGAGUAUGCGCGCUCGAUUGGCCUGCGUAAACAGAUUGGGGAUCUUGCGUUGUUUGACUCGACGCCGAAUAGCACGUUCCGGGUGCUGGAUGAUAAAGUGUCGAGUGAGGCGAGGAAUACGUGGUGGUUGGGAUACCAUGAUGAAGAGGUGCAGAGGUUAUUCGGUGAUGCGAAGAGGAAGAUUCAUUAUGAAGAGAGGGCGAGGGCGUAUGCGAAGUGUUUGAGGAGAGUGCAGGAGGAUCCGCCGUGGUUGUUUGUUGCCCAUCCGGAUGUUGUUUGGGCGUCGGCGUUGGAUGUCGCAGUUGACAUUGGACCAUCGGGGAUACUAAGUCUGGCAAAGGAUAGAUCAGAGUGA